AUGCGGUGGCGGCUGCCAGGCGCCCGUUCGACUCUCCCCGCCAGUGUCGCCCUCCUCCUCCUCCCGUCCCUGGUCGCUCCGCAGCAGCAGCCAGAUGAUGCCUCCCGACUCUCGGUGCCCCUAGCACCCGAGUCCAUCCACAAUGCAGCCCAUGUGGCUACACCACCCAUCGUGAAACCCAACGAUGCGAGCGCCCUUGCUACUCUGGCUCUGGCAGGCUCCGGCCGUGCCGUUCGAGCCCCUCCUGUCCAGGCCAGCACCAGUGCCGGUCUGGCUUCGCAGCUUCACGCGCGGUCCCUACAGGACUGGGAGGUUGAGGAUUUUGUCCUGCUGGCGACCGUCGACGGAACCAUUCACGCCCGUGAUCGCAAGACCGGCACCGCUCGCUGGGCCCUCGAGGUCCCCAGCAGCCCUGUCGUGGAAAGCAUCUACCACCGAGCGAAUCGUUCCAGCUUUGACGACACCGAGCCCGAAGACGACUUCUUGUGGAUCGUCGAGCCAAGCCAGGAUGGCAGUCUUUACAUCUACAGCCCCGGUCCGGAUUCCGGCUUGCAGAAACUCGGUUUGACCGUCAAGCAGCUCGUCGACGAGACCCCUUACUCUGGAAUUGACCCCGCCGUGACCUACACCGCGAGAAAAGAAACGACUCUGUACACCAUCGACGCCCGCACGGGAAGCAUUCUGCGGGUUUUCAGCUCGCGUGGGCCGAUCACCACAGGUCCGGAAUGUCGGAAGGUGGACGGGGAGGAUUUGGAUCCUGAACAAUGCGAGACCACCUCGGGAACUUUGGUACUUGGUCGGGUCGAAUACGCCGUCGCCAUUCAGAACACCGAGACUGGAGAUCCGAUCUGCACAUUGAAAUACGCCGAGUGGGCACCGAACAACCGCGACAUCGAUCUCCAGAGCCAAUACUACCGAACCAUGGACCAGAGCCACAUCUACAGUAUGCAUGAUGGAGUCGUACUGGGCUUUGAUCACUCCCGCAUGGACCGACCUCGUUACACCCAGCGCUUCGCAUCUCCCGUUGCCCGAGUCUUCGAUGUCGUUCGCCCUACCGAUAAGGAUGCGCCUCAUACCUCAACCCCACUGGUGCUAUUAUCUCAGCCUCUUCAGCCACCCGAUCCAGACUACGGGUCUCUUGGCGACGAACGAGACAAGCGUGUGUACAUUGAUUGCACCGAGGCAGGCGGCUGGUACGCAUUUUCAGAAGAAACAUACCCACUUACAACAGGUCGUGCUCCAAUGGCUCAAUGCUACGAAAAGGAUUUCCUGCGCCGUGGCCAGGCUUUGAUGAGUCUGACUCCCGUUCAGCAGCGCAACGCUCUUGCAGGUGUGCAUUCUCUUACUCGUCCUCGCCUCGUGCGUCCUCCUAUCGCUAGGAUCGCUGGUUCGUCGACUUCUGAGCUCUCCAACGAUACACCCCGAGACCUUCUCCGCAGUCCUUCCGAACUGGCUUUGCCUCCAGCACUGCGAAACAGCGCCAUCAUCCGCAAGAGUUGGGACAACGCCUUGGAUAUCGUCGUGACUUUGAUUCUGCUGUUCAUCUGCACUUUCAUCUACUUCAACUCGCACCACCUCCGCGACUUGGCGAAGCAGAAGCUCGACAUCAAGAACAUCAUCAACUCCAAUGACAAGUCAUCACUGUCCACCCCCUCUACCCCUGUCAUUGGAAGUGCACCAGACAUCAAACGCUCAACAUCAGACCAGCAAGUUCCGAAUGUCACAGUGGAUGUCGAUUUGAACGAAUCCAUCGCAGACAACGAGUCGACCCCUCGCCCCUCCCGUGAGCAAACUUUAGCACCGGGCUCUACUCCCCGGGUGCAGAUUCGCGAGCCAUCUCGUGGUCCCGAUGACGAGGACGGCGAUGAACUCGACAAGCCCAAGAAAAAGCCACGCGCUCGUGGAUCGCGAGGUGGCAAGUCUCACCGUCGUCGCAAGAAGCCCGGCAGCGAAGGCGAUAGCCCGGAUGCGGAACAAGUCAUUGAGCAGGUCAAAAACAUGGCACCCCAGCCUCGACUCGAGCCCGAUGUUCAGAUGAUGCGCACAGUCUCCAACGAAAUCCAGGAACUGGAUGGUGUCGUUCGCAUCGGUCGGCUUCAGGUUUUCACCAAUAUCGUUCUCGGACACGGCAGCCACGGCACCGUUGUUUACCAAGGAUCCUUCGACGGCAGAGACGUGGCGGUCAAGCGCAUGCUCAUGGAGUUUUACGACAUCGCGUCCCAUGAAGUUGGUCUAUUGCAAGAAAGCGAUGACCACCACAAUGUCAUCCGGUACUUCUGCCGCGAGCAAGCCACCGGCUUCUUGUACAUCGGUCUUGAGCUGUGCCCUGCCUCUUUGCAAGAUGUGAUCGAGCGUCCACUGAGUUAUCCAGAGCUCAUCCAGAGUGGCUUGGACCUGCCAGAUGUUCUGCGUCAGAUCACGCAGGGUGUUCGUUACUUGCACUCUCUGAAGAUUGUGCACCGUGACUUGAAGCCGCAGAAUAUCCUGGUUGCUAUGCCCCGUGGCCGAUCAAUUUCCAAAUCACUGCGACUCCUCAUUUCUGAUUUCGGUCUGUGCAAAAAGCUGGACGACAAUCAAAGCUCCUUCCGAGCCACCACGGCUCACGCGGCGGGCACUUCUGGCUGGCGAGCACCUGAACUCCUUGUCGACGACGACAACGGUCCCUUGUCCCUGGCCUCUCAGCACACGGAAACCUCGGAGCCCGCAGUGGUGGAUCCGCAGACAAACCGUCGAGCCACCCGGGCCAUUGACAUCUUCUCGCUGGGAUGUGUCUUCUACUACGUCUUGACCCAUGGCAGCCACCCAUUCGACAAGAAUGGCAAGUUCAUGCGCGAGGCCAACAUCGUCAAAGGCCAAUUCGAUCUCCAAGAGCUCAACCGUCUCGGUGACUACGCCUUCGAGGCCAAAGAUCUCAUCCGCUCCAUGCUCUCCCUCAAUCCCCGCCAACGACCCGACGCCAGCGCUGUCCUGAUGCAUCCCUUCUUCUGGACCCCGUCCGACCGCCUCAACUUCCUCUGCGAUGUCUCCGAUCACUUCGAGUUCGAAUGCCGUGACCCGCCAUCUGAACACCUGUUGUGUCUUGAGGACGUCGCCCGCGACGUUAUGGGACCGGAAAUGGACUUCCUGCGCGCUCUACCGCGCGACUUCAAAGACAACCUCGGCAAACAGCGCAAGUACACUGGCUCUCGCAUGCUGGAUCUGCUCCGUGCCCUUCGCAACAAACGCAAUCAUUACAAUGAUAUGCCGGAGCAUCUCAAGACUCAUAUUGGGGGUUUGCCUGAGGGUUAUCUGAUCUUUUGGACGGUCAAGUUCCCCAGCUUGCUGAUGAGCUGUCAUGAGGUCAUUGUUGAGUUGGGAUUGACUCGUAUUGAUCGGUUCCAGAGGUACUUUGUACCACCGGAAUAG